UGCUGCGCCGCCCGGCUCGUCUCCUGCAGCUCCGUGGUUUGUAUCUUUCCUGCUCUCAGGCGGAAGAGAUCCUGACAAACGUGGGGUAAUCGACUGAAUGAAUGUCCUUCACAUCAGGAAGGCAGUAGGAUAUUAUUGGCGCCUCCGGAGAAACCCGAGGGAAACGAGGGGCGGAAAUAGCUAACGUAAGCCGUCGGGGUUUGCAAACCCGGCCGGCGCGGGGAGAUUUUUGACCACCUGUGCGUACCCGCCCCACCCGAGAAAUGGGGUCCAGAAGUCAGGGUUGUAGGCCAGAUCUCUAAGCGUCCGCAGUUCUGUAGAAGCCACCGCGCGUGAGGGGUGGGGGUAUCGCUUCGUAAAAAGCAAGGAAACGGAAGUGUAUUGCCGGUGUUUCCUUCGUCUAGGGCUGGAAAGUGGCUCCUUUGGCAGCUUCCAUUGCUCGCGCCUCUGUCUCCGGCUUCCUCUGUUCUGUGCAGCCUAGAGGAGCUGGAGACCAGGGCACGGGAAAACCAUUGAGACCCUGAAGGAGUGCGAUCUUGAUGAGUCUUCCGGUGCCCUUCUUGGUGACUUUGUCUUUUCCUCCUCCCGGCGGGCAGUCCGUUAACUGCCUUCUACGAAGACGCGGGCGGAACCCUCCCGCCCGGCCUGCGGGCGGAGUCCCGUAAACGGUACCGGCUCAGGUACCCGCCAAACGUGCGAGGCAACCCCGGCGUGCUGACCAAUGGCAGCGAGCCUUACUGGGCGGGUAGCCAGCUGUCCCCGUGGCCAAUAGGCGAGAGACUUCUUGUUUCCUGGCAGAGCGGGGUCCCGGCACCGCGGUGCUCCGCUUUGGUUUGGGUCCCGGGUGGAGGGCCCGGGUGCCGGGGCCCAGGUGGCGCCUCGCUAGCGGGAGCGGGAGCGGGAUCACCGGCCCGGAGAGAGCUCUCAGGGCCUGAGUGGGGCAGGAGGAUGCUUUCCCAGCCCCAUCAUGGAGCUGCGCUGUGGGGGAUUGCUGUUCAGUUCUCGCUUUGAUUCAGGGAACCUAGCCCACGUGGAGAAGGUGGACUCUGUGUCUAGUGAUGGGGAAGGAGUGGCAGGUGGGGCAUCAGCCUCCACCAGCAGCAUCGCCUCUUCCCCUGACUAUGAGUUCAACGUGUGGACCCGACCAGACUGUGCUGAAACAGAAUUCGAGAAUGGGAACAGGUCAUGGUUCUACUUCAGUGUCCGGGGAGGCGCUCCAGGGAAACUCAUCAAGAUCAACAUCAUGAACAUGAACAAGCAAAGCAAGCUGUACUCGCAGGGCAUGGCCCCCUUCGUGCGCACACUGCCCACCCGGCCCCGCUGGGAGCGCAUUCGAGACCGGCCCACCUUUGAGAUGACGGAGACGCAGUUUGUGUUAUCCUUUGUUCACCGUUUCGUGGAAGGCCGUGGGGCCACCACCUUCUUCGCCUUCUGCUACCCCUUCUCCUACAGUGACUGCCAAGAUCUGCUCAACCAACUAGACCAGCGCUUUCUGGAGAACCACGCUACCCACACCAGCCCCCUGGACACCAUCUAUUAUCACCGGGAGAUCCUUUGCUAUUCUCUGGAUGGACUUCGUGUCGAUCUGCUAACGAUCAGUUCCUGCCACGGGAUCCGAGAAGAUCGCGAGCCCCGCUUAGAGCAGCUCUUCCCUGAUAGCGGCACUCCGCGCCCGUUCCGUUUCACAGGCAAGAGGAUAUUCUUCUUAAGCAGCAGGGUACACCCCGGGGAGACGCCAUCUAGCUUUGUCUUCAAUGGCUUUCUGGACUUCAUCCUUCGACCCGACGACCCCCGGGCCCAAACUCUGCGUCGCCUCUUUGUCUUUAAGCUGAUUCCCAUGUUGAACCCCGACGGUGUGGUCCGGGGCCACUACCGCACAGACUCGCGUGGAGUGAACCUGAACCGCCAGUACCUGAAGCCCGACGCGGUCCUGCACCCGGCCAUCUACGGGGCCAAAGCUGUGCUCCUCUACCACCAUGUGCACUCCCGCCUGAGCUCCCACGGGCCCUCCGAGCACCAGCACAGUCCCCACCCGCCUCCUGCUGCGCCCCUUUCCGACCUUGAGAAAGCCCCCCAUCUCCAAAAUGAAGCACACGGCGGGUGCGCCUCUGACGGGGACAGCCCCGAGGCCUGGACACAGCCUGAGCAGGCAGAGCAGAAGGCCAGCGCUGUGUGGAUUAUGGCCCAGCAGCCCUCGGAGGCUGGGCCCCCGGCCCCCGACAGCAUCCCCCCCAGAGAGAGUGGCGUCGCUUACUACGUGGACCUGCACGGCCACGCUUCCAAGCGGGGCUGCUUCAUGUACGGAAACAGCUUUAGCGACGAGAACACCCAGGUGGAAAAUAUGCUGUAUCCAAAGCUCAUCUCCUUGAACUCAGCCCACUUUGACUUCCAGGGCUGCAACUUCUCAGAGAAGAACAUGUACGCCCGAGACCGCAGAGACGGCCAGUCCAAAGAGGGGAGCGGCCGGGUGGCAAUCUACAAAGCCUCAGGGAUCAUCCACAGCUACACACUUGAAUGCAACUACAACACUGGACGCUCAGUAAACAGCAUCCCUGCCGCCUGCCAUGACAACGGGCGUGCCAGCCCCCCUCCCCCACCGGCUUUCCCCUCCAGAUACACUGUGGAACUGUUCGAGCAGGUGGGACGAGCCAUGGCCAUCGCAGCUCUGGACAUGGCAGAAUGCAAUCCAUGGCCCCGAAUCGUGCUGUCAGAGCACAGCAGCCUCACAAACCUCCGGGCGUGGAUGCUAAAACAUGUGCGCAGCAGCCGAGGCCUGAGCACCACUGUGAAUGUGGCUGUCAGCAAGAAGAGAGGCUCUCGGACGCCACCCAGAAGUAACAACGGGCUGCCCGUUUCCUGCUCUGAAAACACCUUGAGCCGCGCACGAAGUUUUAGCACUGGCACAAGUGCCGGUGGUAGCAGCAGCAGCCAACAAAAUUCUCCACAGAUGAAGAGCUCCCCCAGCUUUCCUUUUCAUGGCAGUCGGCCUGCAGGGCUGCCAGGCCUGGGCCCUAGCACCCAAAAGGUCAGCCACCGGGUGCUGGGCCCCGUCAGAGAGCCCCGAAGCCAGGACAGGAGACGGCGGCAGCAGCCACUGACCCAUCGCCCUGCUUCGAGCACCCUGGCCCCAUCCCUGGCUCCUGCUCCUUCUCACCUAGCCUCUUCACAGAGCGUGGGCUCCUGCCUGCUGCCCAGCGCACUCAGCAUAUCAGGGAGCAGCUGUCCAUUCCUGUCCUCAGGGGACAAGCCAGAGGCUGUCAUGGUGAUUGGGAAAGGUCUGCUAGGGCCUGGACCUCGGAUCCCCUGUAUCAGGACCCGACUGCAGACCUGCCCGAGGAGAGUUCCCGCCAGGAGGGGUCCCGGAUUCCCCAGGCUAGGCCCAGGUUGGGCCGGGGCUCACCGCCGACUCGCAGAGGGAUGAGAGGCUCUUCGGGCCCCACAUCCCCUAUCCCCCGGACCAGGGAGAGCAGUGAGCCGGAGCCGGGACCCCACUCGACACCACGGUGAGCCCCAGGGUCCCGUCCCUCACCCCACCUCUCACUUCUCCCCCCUCAUUCCCAUUUCUGCCAUUCACCGUCAUUUUCUUCCUUCCCUCUCCCAAAAGACUGAAUGUACUUUCAUUAAGAAUCUAGUCCCUGACUUUUUCCUCAUCAUGCCCACAGUCUUCACUCCAACAGACAAAAGAACAAUUUCUAGUUAGGGCCUAAGGCCCAGGAGCUGGUCGGUUCCAGUAUCAGACCACUGUGCAGUACUCAACCUGCCUAUCCGCCCGCAUCUGGCCUCUCUCGUCCCCCAGCCCCUGGCUAACAGACCAGAGCAGAGCAGAGUUUUCACAACCCUGACUCCUCUCUUUUUUCUGUUGCAGGCUGCCUCAGGCUGGGCCUCCACGGCCCCGCUCUGCCCCUGCCUUUUCUCCUAUUUCCUGUAGUCUGUCUGACUCCCAGUCCCGGAUUUGUUACAGUGGGGGGCCCUUGGGCCAGACUGAGGUUUGUUUUGUUCCUAAAUCUCCCCCACUCACUGUUUCUCCCCGGGUCUGACGUCUUGACGUUCACGCCCAGGAUAGAGCCCCCAAGAUAGGGAACAUAGACAUAUGCGAGUCCCCUUUCUCAGCUGCUGAUUCCAUGUGACAAUUAUAACUCCUCGGAAUGCCAGCCUCACUGUUCUGAGGCACUGCAUCACCUUGAAACAAGACAAAGCAGGGACCUGCCACCCCUUCCCUCCCUCCACAGCACAAGAUUUUGGGACCACACACACACACAAAAAUCUAUAUUUUUAUAUUGGGGGGAGGGAGUAGAAAAGAAAGCAGCCCCUAUACUGGGCCCUACUCAGUGGCAGCUUCUUGUUCCAUAGGGUUAAGGAAGACUUUGAGGAAAUAAAAGUUGUUUGGAAAAAUCCAGGUGUAGUUGCUUUGUAUGCUGUGAUGGUUAGAAGGGAUGAAGUGAAG